UGCCUAGCGCACACACUCUUGACUCCUUACCCACAGUGUCUUUUGUAAUUCAUAAUGGGAAGGUGAAGUCGCUCAAGUCUGCAUCUCCACCACUACCCCCUCUACCCCUCUUAUAUAUUUAAUUAACUAGGUUGAUGUGCAAGUACCUUAAGCCAGUGGAGCGUGGGCGGACGGGCGGGCUGCGGGGUAAAGAGACUGCCGGAUAAUAUUUCCUCAUUUCUCUCCGCCCGGGCGCUCAGUCGGCAGCUGAGUAUCAUCUCGGUCGUGCGGCGUAGAAAGCUACAGAAAUAAGUCGCCCCGUUUGAACUUGUUCUAAAUUUUUAGGGGCGGUUUUGAAGUGCGGCGUUUGCUGGGAAAAGCGCGUGAAGAGGAGAAGCGGAAAGGGAGGGCGAGAGUUAAAAGAGAGAGGGGAGACAGUGCGUGAAUUUAUGCGUGUGUGUUUUGAUGUUUUUUUGUGACGGAAUCCCCCCUUCAGUCUCUAAGAAUCCGGAGAGCGGCGCAAGAAGAAGGAGGAGGACAGGAGAGGAGGAGGAGGCGCGCGGACCUGUCCACGAGCCUUCACUGCGGAACGCGCGGGGCUGCCGCUGGAGAUUCCAAACCAACGGUUAUUUUGUAAUGAAGAGUCUGAUGCCCGCACGUCAACAGCUUUUUCUGUUUUCCAUCUUUCCCACUUCCCGCCGUUGUAUGGACCGCGUCUGACAUCUUAACCGAGAGGAAUAGCCUCCUAUCUUUCUGGGGGGUAGGUGGCAGUGGAGGGGGACAGGUCUUCAGAAACCAGACAGGUGGAUUUAUCACUUUUGAGGAGCCUUUAUUUUUAUUUUUAUUUUGGAGGACUGGAUGGAGAAGAAUUUGAUGGAUUAAUUUGACAGAGGAGAGUCGUUUGUGAUUCCCACUCCUGCCGAGGGCACCCGAAUGGAGUAACAGGCUGCAAUGUCAUCUCCACCUGGCCGCCUGGAGAGAUGUGUCACGGGAAUGGGAUCAAGUUUGAACACUUUCCCUCUGGUUUCAUUGAUGCUGUGAGAAGAGACCAAAAUGCCAGUAAACGGUCAGGCUGUGGGGGCCGCCUGCAUGGACCCUCGCCCCAUGGAAGAACCCAACAUUCAUUGCACGGACUCCGCAGAAGAAGGCGCAAAACCUCCGCGACUGCAAACCCGCAGCAGCCACGCUUUGUGACACGGAAGGGUAUGAUGGGUGUAGUGGCCUGGAUGUUGCUUCUACUCUCCUCAGUCAUGGUGCCCGUGGCAUCCCAAAAGCCUCCAGGGCUCAGUGUGGGGGUGAUCCUGGGCCAGACCCGCCCACUUUCUGAUCAGGAAAUCCAACCACCUCGGCGCCCUGAUGAUGUCCUUGAUGUCUCUGUGGUUACACUGAGGAUCAACCAGACAGACCCAAAGUCUGUGAUUACACAGGUGUGUGAGCUUCUGUCUCGUACUCGUCUCCAUGGCAUUGUGUUUGCUGAUGGCACCGAUCAGGAAGCUAUAGCCCAGAUCCUUGACUUCCUGUCUGUUCAGACACAACUCCCAGUCCUGGGAGUCCAUGGAGGCUCCUCUAUGAUUAUGGCUGACAAGGACGAGAAGUCCACUUUCUUCCAGUUUGGUGCAGCCCUGCAGCAAGAGGCUCUGCUCAUGCUCGCUAUCAUGGAGGAGUAUGACUGGCAUGUUUUUUCCAUCGUCACUUCUAAGUUCCCUGGGUAUCAGGAAUUCAUCAGCACGCUUAGGGUAACUGUGGAUCACAGCUUUGUGCGCUGGGACCUGCAGAGUGUGGUGACACUAGAUGCGGUAGAUGGCGACCCAAACUCGAAAUCACACAUUGCCCUCAAGAGAAUCCAAAGCCCUGUUAUACUGCUGUACUGCUCCAAGGAUGAGGCUGUAUAUAUCCUGGAUGAAGCUCGGUCCUUGGGACUGAUAGGAGCUGGUUACAUCUGGAUUGUGUCCAGUCUCACCACUGGAAAUCCAGACUUUACUCCUGAGGUAUUUCCCCUGGGUAUGAUCUCUGUGUCCUAUGAUGACUGGGAGUACCCGCUGGAGACACGGGUGCGGGAUGGGGUGGGCAUCAUUUCUUCUGGAGCCACCUCCAUGCUGCGGGAGAAGGGAGAGCUGCCAGAGGCCCAGAGCAGCUGCUACAGUACAGCAUCAGACAGGAGCCCAGGGAAGCUCCCACCUAGUGCCCUGCGCAGGCACAUGAUGCAUGUGUGGAAUGACGGGCGAGAUCUGUCCUUUACUCCAGAUGGUUACCAGGCCAACCCUAAAUUGGUUGUCAUCGUCCUGAACAGUGAAAGGAAAUGGGAGAAGAUGGGCCGAUGGGAGAAUGGGACAUUGUCAUUGAUGUUCCCAGUGUGGCCAAGGUAUAACGCCUAUGGGGACGAGGAUGCUGAUGAAAACCACCUCUCCAUUGUCACACUGGAAGAAAAACCUUUUGUUAUUGUCGACAAUGUAGACAUCCUGACCGGCACCUGCAUGAGAAACUCUGUGCCCUGCCGUAAACAUGUCAAACUUAACAGCACAUCAGGAGGUGCCUAUAUCAAACAGUGCUGUAAGGGUUUCUGUAUUGACAUUCUGAAGAAGAUAGCCAGGAAUGUCAAGUUUACCUAUGACCUGUACCUGGUCACCAAUGGAAAACAUGGGAAGAAGAUCAACAAUGUGUGGAACGGCAUGGUUGGAGAGGUGGUAUAUAAGAAGGCUGUGAUGGCUGUCGGGUCACUGACCAUCAAUGAAGAGAGGUCAGAGGCCAUUGACUUCUCCGUGCCCUUCGUUGAGACCGGCAUCAGUGUCAUGGUGUCACGUAGCAAUGGAACCGUCUCUCCGUCUGCCUUCCUUGAGCCCUUCAGUGCAUCAGUUUGGGUGAUGAUGUUUGUGAUGCUGCUCAUUGUCACAGCCAUUGCCGUCUUUCUCUUUGAGUUUAUCAGUCCACUGGGCUUCAACCGCAACUUGGCCCAAGGCAAAGACCCACAUGGUCCAUCAUUUACCAUUGGUAAGGCCAUAUGGUUGCUGUGGGGUCUAGUGUUCAACAACUCUGUGCCCGUGCAGAACCCGAAGGGCACCACUAGUAAAUUCAUUGUGUCCGUUUGGGCCUUCUUUGCUGUAAUCUUCUUGGCUUCCUACACUGCCAACCUGGCUGCCUUCAUGAUCCAGGAAGAGUUUGUGGACCAAGUCACUGGACUGUCUGACAAGAAGUUCCAGAGCCCAUACUCCUAUUCCCCUCCAUUUCGUUUCGGGACUGUUCCCAAUGGCAGCACUGAGCGCAACAUCAGGAAGAACUAUCCAGAUAUGCAUCAGUACAUGACUAAAUACCACCAGACUGGCGUCCAGGAUGCACUGGUCAGCCUCAAGACAGGAAAGCUGGAUGCUUUUAUCUAUGAUGCUGCAGUCUUGAACUACAUGGCAGGCAGAGAUGAUGGCUGUAAGCUGGUGACCAUCGGCAGUGGUUACAUCUUUGCCACCACAGGUUAUGGUAUUGCCCUACAGAAAGGAUCCUACUGGAAACGCCAUGUUGAUCUGGCCAUACUGAGCAUCAUUGGAGAUGGUGAAAUGGAGGAGCUGGAGGCACAGUGGCUGACUGGGAUCUGCCACAAUGAAAAAAAUGAGGUGAUGUCCAGCCAGCUUGAUGUUGACAACAUGGCAGGGGUCUUUUACAUGCUGGCAACAGCCAUGGGCCUCUCCAUCCUCACCUUCAUCUCUGAGCACCUAUUCUACUGGAGACUGAGAUACUGCUUCACUGGUGUCUGCUCCGGAAGGCCAGGACUGCUGUUCACAAUCAGCAGGGGUAUAUGGAGUUGUAUCCAUGGGGUUCACAUAGAUAUGAAGAAGAAGGCACCUGAACUGGACUUUAGUCCUCAAGCUAACAUGCUGCACUUGCUCAAAUCUGCCAAAUCCAUUGCUUUGUCUUCUCCUAAGCGCAAUACUGUCCUCUUGCAGCCUGGCAUCCUCGACAUGAUGUCGGGGAAAGGUAACUCACUCCAUAGUCUGCCUCAGAAGGGUCCUGGUCUCUAUAGCAACGCUGCAGGUGCACAGAGUUUCCUGUCAUUGUCUGGGCGACACAAAAACCUCCUUAACAACGCUGCCCCAUUUCCAGGGCAACCGAAAGCCCCAGCUCACCAGACUAGCCCCAACAAACCCCAGUUGUCAAUCACCAAUGACAACGGCAAGGCCCGCCUACCAGGGCCUGCCUGUGCUGCAUCAAAGCCGCGAGCCCUGUGGAAGAAAAGCGUGGAGACACUGAAGACUCAGCCAACUGUUGUGUCGCCAGUUCCAAGUCCUGUCCCAGCAUCGGGGAGUGGACCUCCAACAAUGAAGAGCCAGCGAUACUUGCCCGAAGAGCCGCAACACUCUGAUAUAUCAGAGGGUUCCAGUCGGCCGCCAUCGCACAAAGAUUCUGACUCCAUGGCCGCAAGGGGUGGAUUUAAGCCAAUUAAUCAGCUGAGAAAAAGAGGUGGAGGUGGUGGAGGUGGAGGAUCCAAGAUCUACUCCAUUGACUCUGACCAGGCCAGCCUCCAAUCUGCUCCUCUAUACCAGAGAGACAGCCAAGGGGGAGGUGAUGACCACAGUUACCCCCCAGAUCAAUUUCCGCCUGACAGUACAUACUCACACACACACUCCCACCAGUCAGAUGCACCCAUUUUGCAGCUGAGUGCCAGCCUCCUACACCACAGUCACAGUGCUGAGGCUGACCUACACUCCCUGAAGGACAAGAAAUACAGCACCUACACACACAGCAGUGUGAAAGACAAAUCUGGAGGUUCAUUCGAUGCUCCAGGUACAGUUUCGGGGACACAAAGUGCCAGGCCCGGCCACUGUCGUACAUGUCUGACCAAGCUUAGCGGUUACUCCGGCCUCUACACUGUUCGCUCACCACAAGCUCGCUGUGACGCCUGCGCACACCUGGGAAACCUGUACGACAUCAGCGAAGACCACUUGCACUCACACUACUCCCACACACACACUCACCCACACAGUGGGGACAUGUUUACACACUAUCUUCCCCAGAGCGAGCUGGGCCUCGUGGGUGAAGGGGACGGGCUUGUCAGCCACUUUGAGCCCACACCUUCCUCUCCGUCUCCUCUUCCCACCUCCUCGUCUGCCCAGCACCUCCAGCUGAGUCGUCAGCACUCCUACGAGAACAUGCUUCCGGACGGUAUUCCUGAACGACAAACACAGCCUCACUCUCACCUGCGGGGCCUGAGCCUGCCUGACAGAGAUCGGGAGAGGGAGCUGUCCUUGGAUGAGGGGGCCUAUGCCAAUGUUCUCACAAUGCGCUCUGAUCGUCCGUUCAGCAGCCGCAGCCCCCCCUCUCCAUCCCCCUCCCACCACCACAGUCUGGACGCUCCAAUGCCUCUGCCAAGGCGCUCAAAGAGUCUCUUGCCUGAUCGUCCCUCACACAACCCUUUCCUCCAGUCAGCCCCUGGCACAGCCCAACGAGAUCCCGCCUCCCAGGCUGCUACACGCAUGCCACAGAGAAGUUCCACCCACGAGCUCUAUAAGCAGCGAAUGCCGCUGACGCUUACCCUCGGUAACCAUGGAAGCCAUCACAUCAACCAGCAUGGCAGCCAUGUUGACCAACAGGUGUUCUACCCUCAGCAGGAGCCUCCUGUGGUGGCCUACAUGGUUCCCCCUGCUGCCUCUCAACCAAUGAGCUAUGUGACAGCACCGCGAGCCUCAAGCGCAGGCGGCAACCGGCCCCGGCUGUACCGCCGUAUGCCCAGCAUUGAGUCUGAUGUCUGAGAGUCACAAAUAACACACCUAACCAUCACUGAAACACACUAACACACAAGCAUGCAAGAAGGAAGUGUGUGUGUGUGUGUGAUCGGACCAGGCAGCUCUGAUUCUAAGCACAGAUACAGGAACACACACACAGACACACACACAGGUGAAAGAUGGAAAGGUUUGCCCUAGACUAAAGGGUUACCAGUGAUACAGAGUAAAUAAAUUAUUGUGUCUUUAUUACAAUUGCUAUUGGGCAGGGAUGGGGCCACAGGGACACCUGGAGGCACAGUUCAAGAUGAGCAGUGUGUGUGAGUGUCAGUGUGUGUACUAGCCUCAAGCUGUGGGCAACGAGGCACAAACUGACAAUAAGUCUUACAAGACAGAUGGAAAUCCUGGUGGAAUAAGAGGGACGCUGUACACGGAGUCUAACACUAACAGUGGGGUCUGACGGAGGACAUGAUGGAGUGUUUGGAAAACGAGCCAACCUGUCCCGCCCCUCACCAGCUUCUUGGAGAUUAAAGGGGUCACUGAGAAUCCCUUUUUCUGAGAUUACACACGACACACACAUACACAAAUUUCACCUGAACACCUCCCAUGUUCUCUCCAGGACUCCUCCUGUUGCACUAUGAUUUCUACAGUCAACCCGUGUGUUGUUUGAGGCUCCAAACUGCACUGCCAGCAUGGCUUAAAGAGUAGUAAACUACACUGAAGUAAUCCUUGACUUGAAUGGAAAUUACUAUCUAUGUAAAAGUCUAGGGAGGCAGGCUGCUGGUCAGAAAACAGGUCUGAGGAACGUAUCAGCUCCCGCCUGCAGAUGUACAAACACUUGAACACACACAUGCACACACACACACACAUGCUGUGUCUGUUUUUAUGGGAAAGUAAAAAAAAAAAAAUACAGACUGUUUGUUAUUGUUGAUGUCAGAUAAUUGAACAUUCCACAAAGUGGACCAAGUGGCCACCAGUUAAAGCCUCUCAGGAUGAGAGUGUGUGUUCUAGUGUUUCUAGAUCUAGAGACAUACAAUUCAGCAUCCUUGCUUCCUCUCAUAGCUAGCCUUCAGGUCUUACUGCAUGCUUCCUACUGCCCUGUGUUACAGUUAAACUCCUAUACAGGGUCAUAUAUGCACUCACACUCGCACACAACCACAUUACAUACACGAAUGACACACACAUAUGCACAUAAGCAGUAGUCUAGGAUAGUAGAAUAGGGUGGGUGCGUAUGUCAAGGCUAUGAGAUAGCAUCUCUUUGUGCACUUUGUAGAUUUUAUACCCUGCCACCUACAAAGACGUUUGACCAAAAACACUUUUAUAUGGAAAAAUAUGAAUAUUCUCAAUCAUUCGCUGGAUAGAUGUUUUCUUUUACUCUUAUUUCUCUUUGACGUUGGGUUUUAGGGCACCAUGAAGGGCACAGCUCUGUCUUUCCAUUGUGAGGUCAGAAGUUUUACAGUGUUAGAUAAUGGGCGCAGCAUCAUACAUGCAGUAUACAUGAUACCAACUCUUCAUCUUUCUCUUUUCUUUUUCCUUUUUCCCCUUAUCAGAUUGUUUAUUUUCUUUCAAUUACUUCUUUUUCAAUACUUCCCUCUGUAGAGUAGAUAAAGUAUGAACAGAAAAAGUUCAGUCGUGGUGUUUAAAAAUUCAAGAUGUUGCUGGAAAUCACUUAAUGUCAGUAGUUGUGAAAACUCAUCUGAUUCAGCACUGGCUCUCGUAGGAUACAGUGUAAUUUUCUACUAACUUUCUUGUAAAACAAAAUGACUCGAGGCCAGUUUUAAUGUCUCCAUUGUGAAUUUGUAGGCUGAGUGCAUGGCUGUUGCAGAUUUACUCACCAGAUUAUUACUCCUGAACGAGCGUCAAAGUAGCUUGUACCUGUGGAGCUGCAAUUUAGUCAAAAGAGGCACGUGGCAACACAGAUUUUGCAAAGUGACUGGUUACAGAGGCAGCACACGAACAUCUGCACACACUCGACAAGCUGGCAAUGUGUGUAUGAGUGUUCUAGAAAUCCAUAAUCUACUGAGUAAGGGCAUUGAUUUUUGAGCACAAGGAUUUUGAUGGAAACAGGACUUGAUAUCCCAUUAGCUGAGUGUCUGUCUCUAUUCUCUAUUUCUCUCUUUCUCUUACAUACGAACACACGCACACAGAUUCAUACAUUGGUUGCAAAGAAUGCAAGAUGGUCUGAAAAAAACGCACCUUUGAAUGGUUAGCGCUGCCCCUCUUCUGGUAAUCCUUACAGGUUUGUUGUGUGAGUUAUAUGCACAAUAUCAGGUUGCAAUAUUAUACUUCUGUACAGAGAAAUAUUUGUUUUAAAUGUUAGAAACUGAUUUAAUUUGUUUGAUUUGAAUGGUAUUAAGUAUUGAACUCAUUUCAAUUACAAUGUGGCUUUUUCUUCUGCUUCUAGGGAAAAAAAACAGGCAUGUUUUAGAUUCUUCUGUGAUUUUAUUUUCACCCCUCUGGUGUGUUGUUGGUUGGGACAUAACUGUACAGUUGCCACUACUAGGUUAACAGACUAGUUAACUAUGUGGGUCAGCUAGCCAGUUAAGUAACUACACAUAGCUGGGUCUCUUAUCUGAAUCACACUCAAUGAAUAAUGAUGGUUAAAGCAUAAACCCCAUCCCACUCACAGUGUUUUCCUCCACUACAAGUCCGUGCUGUUUUAUCUUUGAGUGUUUGUGUGUGUUUGGCGUGAGUGUGUGUUUUACACUGUGCAAGCAUUUAUAUAAAACAGAGAAUAUGUGUAUUUAGAGGUUGCUUGUGGUGUGUGAGCGUGCGUGUGUGCUUUUCGGUACUCUCUUUCCUUCGUCCUACACGUAACAUUUGACCUGGCUCUUACUCAUAGAAUACAAUUGCAGUCGCACACACUCUUACACACAAACGUGUACACACACGUCUGUACUGUUGUGGUUCAGAGAGCAUGAAGAAUGGGUUUUGUACGUCCACCAUUGCAGAUAUUUUGACACCAACUUAUUUUCUUUUUUGUUUUUUAAAUUGCAUGAUAUGCUUGUGUUUCUGGUGAUACCUAUUUUGCGGCAACACCUAAGUUCUCCCUGAGUUGGACCCUCUGGGCUACAUGACCAACACAAACUCCGUCUGUCUCGACUGUUCCAGCACAAUUACUCCUAGUCAUAAUCCCACACUUAGCAACUCCUGGCCCUGGGAUGUGAGCAGUAUGACACCCAGCUUUUUCCCACACAACGCCAUCCACUAGGCCCAGCAUAGACCUCGCCUUGGCCCACCUGUUCAAACAUACACACAUUACUGGGUAGAAGGAGGGUGUUGGUAUGUAGUCCUGUGGGUCUCGCUGCUGUUUAUCUCACUUGUGUAUAAGUUCAGGGGUUUCUAAGCUACUAGUUGUGAUGUAAAUACUACCUUGCCACUCAGUACCUCUGUACAAUCUGUAAAUAAGUAAAGGUUACAUUUUUCUA